AUGAUGAAACUCGUCUCUUUCCUACAUCGCUCCAGAAAACCCUUUCUUCAACUCAAAUUUCUAUCUUACUCAACUCCACGUCUAGACCCACAUCAAACCGUUGCUUCAAUUCCCCUUUUUUCUCUUCUGGGCAUCUGCAAAAACAUCUUUUCUCUGAAAAGAAUGCAUGCUCUGCUUAUUGUAGACGGCUUAGCUGAUGACGUUAAAUGUAACACUAAACUGGUUAGCAUGUAUGGUUCUUUCGGCCAUGUCAAGUAUGCUCGUCUGGUGUUUGAUCGAAUGCGAGACCCAGAUCUUUAUUCUUUUAAAGUGAUGAUGAGAUGGUACUUUUUGAAUGAUUUGUACAAAGAGAUUGUGGAGUUUUAUAAUAGUAUGAGAAAAUGCGUCAAAGAGCAUGAUAAUGUUGUGUUUUCGAUAGUGUUAAAGGCGUGUAGUGAAUUGCGAGAUAUUGAUCAAGGGAGGAAGGUGCAUUGUGAAGUUGUUAAGGCAGGAAGUCCUGAUGAUUUUGUGUUGACGGGUCUUGUCGACAUGUACGCUAAGUGUGGAGAAAUUGAUUUUUCUCGUCAAGUGUUUGAUGAAACAGUCGAUAAAAAUGUGGUUUCAUGGACUUCAAUGAUUGUGGGGUAUGUACAGAAUGACCGUGCACGGGAAGGAUUGAUUUUGUUUAAUCAGAUGAGGGAAGUAUUUAUUGAAGGCAAUCAAUUUACAUUAGGGAGCUUAGUUACCGCGUGCACAAAGUUAGGGUUUUUGCAUCAGGGGAAGUGGAUUCAUGGGCAUGUGAUCAAGAUUGGUGUUGAACUUAAUUCUAUCUUGGUGACGGCUCUUUUAGAUAUGUAUGUGAAGUGUGGGGACAUUAGAGAUGCUAGAUCGGUUUUUGAUGGACUUUCCACUAUUGAUUUUGUAUCGUGGACAGCAAUGAUUGUUGGAUAUACUCAAAGAGGCUAUCCUGACGAGGCUUUAAAAGUGUUUACAGAUGCGAAAUGGGUUGGAGUUUUUCCCAAUUGUGUUACCAUUACAAGUUUACUUUCAGCAUGUGCACAGCUGGGGAAUUUGAAUCUGGGAAAGACAUUACAUGGUCUUGGGAUUAAACUUGGAUUUGAGGAUCCAACAGUGUUCAAUGCUCUAAUAGACAUGUAUGCCAAGUGCCACAUGAUUGAAGAUGCUCGUUACAUAUUUGAGACAGUUUCGGACAAGAAUGUAAUUGCCUGGAAUUCAAUCAUAUCUGGGUAUUCCCAAAAUGGGUAUUCAUAUGAACCACUUGAAUUGUUGCAUAGAAUGAGAUCAGAUUCUAUCACACCUGAUGCAGUCACAUUGGUGGUCAUCUUCUCAGCUUGUGCUUCACUUGGUACUUUCCAAGUUGGUUCUUCUCUUCAUGCAUUCACCAUAAAAGAGGGCCUACUAUCAUCAAAUGUCUAUGUUGGCACUGCCUUAUUGAACUUCUAUGCCAAAUGUGGAGAUGCUGAAUCUGCUCGUAUGGUUUUUGAUGACAUGGGAGAGAAAAACACUGUAACAUGGAGUGCAAUGAUUGGUGGCUAUGGAAUGCAAGGGGAUGGUAGUGGGUCCCUUGCACUUUUCAGUGAUAUGUUGAAGGAUGAAGUGCAGCCUAACGAAGUAAUCUUCACAACAAUUUUGUCUGCCUGUAGUCAUACAGGGAUGGUUGGGGAGGGCUGGCAGUAUUUCUAUUCAAUGUGCCAGGACUUCAACUUUGUGCCUUCCAUGAAGCAUUAUACGUGUAUGGUUGAUCUAUUGGCUCGUGCUGGCAGGCUGGAAGAGGCCUUGGACUUUAUAGAGAAUAUGCCUGUUCAACCUGAUGUUAGUUUGUUUGGAGCAUUCCUACAUGGAUGUGGAAUGUAUUCAAGGUUUGAUCUUGGGGAGGUGGUGAUUAGGAGAAUGCUACAGUUGCAUCCUGAUAAAGCUUGUUAUUAUGUGCUCAUGUCUAACCUGUAUGCUUCUGAUGGAAGAUGGAGUCAAGUUAAUCAAGUGAGAGAGUUGAUGAGGCUGAGAGGUUUGAGCAAGUCCCCUGGGUGUAGCCAAGUGGAUUUGGAUGUUGCUGAUGAUUUGUCAUGUUCUAGGGUGGCAUCUGUUGCUUAG